UCGUCCCCCUCCCUCCCUUUUACACAUUUCAUUAAACUUUCAGCUCAACUUCCUCACUCACUCUGCAGUGAGCGAUCCAGCCAGCAGCGCCUGCCUUUCCUCGCCUCUCCCUCGACCAGAAGAUUGGUUUGGCUCUCAUCUGCUCCUGUUCUGGAAUCUCCCGCAAGUGAUGCUCUUCCUGCUGGUUGUGAUGCUGCUGCAGGCGAGCAGCUGUUACUGCGGCCUCCCUUUCUACAAUGGUUUCUACUAUGACCGGGUCAUGAGUGACAAAGGAGAGGCUGACGAAGAAGUUCAGUUCCGUGCUGUAAGGCUGAUGGUCGAGACUUCCCCGGAUGCCGUCUAUGCCUACCGUGGUGCCAACGCCGUGCUGCCCUGCCGCUAUCAUUAUGUGCCCAAGCUGGACGUCCCGCGGAAGAUCCGCGUCAAGUGGUCCAAGCUGCGGGAGGACAACACCAAAGAUCAGGAUGUGCUGGUGGCGUCUGGGUCGAAGCAGCGGAGCUUUGGGGGGUUCCGGGGCCGCACGAGCCUGCAGCAGGCGCCUGAUCAGGAAGCGUCCCUGGUGAUCAAUGACUUGCGCCUGCACGACGCUGGCAAAUACCGCUGUGAGGUCAUCGAUGGCCUGGAAGAUGAGAGCGGGAUUGUGGAGCUAGCGCUCCAAGGAGUGGUGUUCCCUUACCAGCCUCAACGUGGGCGUUACAAGCUCAACUUCCACGAGGCCAAGAAGACCUGCGAGGACCAGGAUGCCAUGAUGGCCUCCUUUGAACAGCUCUUUAAGUCCUGGAUGGAGGGCCUUGACUGGUGCAAUGCAGGCUGGCUGACGGACGGCACAGCCCAGUACCCCAUCACUGUGCCACGGGAGCCCUGUGGAGGGAAGCACAUGGCCCCUGGCCUCCGGAACUACGGAGAGCGCCACAAGAACCUCCAUCAUUUUGACGUCUUCUGUUUCUCUUCUGCUCUGAAAGGAACUGUUUACUAUCUGUCCGGCCGCGAGAAGCUCACCUUGGAGGAAGCCAAGCAAGCAUGCCAGGAUGAUGGGGCUGAGAUUGCCAAGGUGGGCCAACUGUAUUCAGCAUGGAAGCUCUCUAAUUUGGACCGUUGCGACGCUGGCUGGUUGGCUGACGGUAGUGUGCGCUACCCCAUCACUUCGCCCCGGCCCAACUGUGGUCCCCCGGAACCCGGGAUCAGAAGCUUUGGCUUCCCCAAAAUUGGCAAGUUUGGAGUCUACUGUUACAAGAUGAGCUGAAGGAAGGCCAAUGUAUGGACGCUGUGCACCAAUGGACAAUAUCCUUCCGUUGCCCACCUAGAGUUUAUUAUUUAAAGGGCCAGUCUCGGGGGGGGGGCAGUUUUAAUUGUAUGUUUUAUUUUGUGUGUCCCCCUUGGGCUUUGUUUUCUUUUACAUUUUUGUAACAAAAGGGUAAGAAUGCUGCACACCCCCACAGAAUAGCCUUGGAGUAGACUUGGUGCUGAUCCUAAGAUUCUUCCACUUCCAUCGCCCGUCUAAUCCAGUGGUAGAGAAACCCCUCCUGAGAUUUAGUGUUGUUUUUUCUGUCUGGUCAUCUGAUUUCUGGAAUGGACUCAGGCUGAGAUCUAUGGAUGAUAUUGCAAAGCUGUUUCGUGCUCAGCUGGGUCUGUACAGUGGUUACCGCAUCUUGCCAAAGGAUUCCCAGUCCCGAUGGGAGAUUCCCAGUAGUUAUAAGGUCUUAUCACCCCACGAUGGGUUUGCCUCCUAGUAAAUCCAGUGUUUACAGAUUAGGAUGGGGUGGGGAAACUCUCCAGCCUGAGGGCUAUGUUCACUCCUGGGCAACCUCUUGUCAGUGCCGUGAAGGGCCAGAAGGAAAAUAUAGCUUUGUACAGUACACCUGUUUCUACAUAUGCCCCUCUCUGUCUUCGUUCCAGAGAAGUAAGAGACGUCAUCAGAGUUCAGUGACACAUUCCAGCAAGGCAAAAACACUCGAGGGCGUGAAACAAGGCUGGGAAGGGGUGUGGCUUAGAGAGAGGGGGUGUGGCCAUUAAAGGGACUGACUUCUGAGUAAGCAUGCCUGGAAUCAGAUCACCAUCAGGAGGGUCACAGGAGCCUAUCUCUGCAGGUUGGAGAUAAACACACACACACACAGAGCAAGUAGGACCUCUGGCAAGGGGUUCUUCCCCCUGUAGCAAGGUCCUGAUCCUGCUGGUCAUGCUGGUGCCUACUUUUGUUCAAA